GCCACACACAGGCUCCUCUCCUUUCUGCCCACUCCUGCCUUCAGAAACACAAGACUUUAAGGUCACACUAAGCCACCAUGCAUUUGUUUGCUGAAGCCACUACUAACUUCACACUUGAGAUGUACAGGCAGCUCAGAGAAUCAAAGGACAACAUCUUCUAUUGCCCUGUCAGCAUGAUGACAGCACUAGCCAUGCUCCAGCUUGGAGCCAAAGGAAACACUGAACAACAAAUUGAGAAGGUUCUUCAAUUCAAUGAAACCACCAAGAAGACAACAGAAAAAUCUACAGACUGCCAUGAUAAAGAAAAUGUCCAUGAACAAUUUCAAAAGCUUAUGACUCAAUUAAACAAAUCCAAUGAUGCUUAUGACCUGAAGGUUUCCAACGGUAUCUAUGGAGCUAAGGAAUUCACAUUUCUCCAGACAUUUUUGGAAGACAUUAAGGAAUAUUACCAAGCUAACGUGGAAUCUCUUGAUUUUGUACAUGCUGCAGAAGAAAGCCAAAAGAAGAUUAAUUCCUGGGUGGAAAGGCAAACAGAUGGAAAAAUCAAAGACUUAUUUCCUAGUGGAAGCCUGAGCAGUAGCACUAUACUGGUUCUGGUGAACGCAGUGUAUUUCAAAGGACAAUGGAAUCACAAAUUUGAUGAAAAGCAAACCACAGAAGAAAAGUUUUGGCUGAAUGAGAACACAAGCAAACCUGUCCAGAUGAUGAAACAAAGAAACAAAUUUAACAUCAACUCUCUGGAGGAUGUACAGGCCAUGGUUGUGCAACUACCAUUUGAACAAGAAGAGCUAAGUAUGUUCAUCCUGCUGCCAGUGGAGAUUAAUGGUCUGAAGAAGCUUGAAGAACAACUCACUGCUGACAAGUUGCUGGAGUGGACAAACCCAGAGAACAUGCACAUGACCGAUGUGUAUUUAUCUUUGCCUCGUUUCAAACUGGAAGAGAAGUAUGACCUCCCAGGUCCAUUGGAACACAUGGGGAUGGUCGACGCCUUCAAUCCACAGAAGGCUGACUUCUCAGGCAUGAGCAGCACUCAAGGUCUCCUGGUGUCUAAUGUUUUACACAAGUCCUUUGUGGAGGUAAAUGAAGAGGGUGCAGAAGCUGCUGCUGCCACAGGGGUGGAAGUCACUGUAAGGUCAGCGCAGAUAACAGAAGAUGUCUGUUGUGAUCACCCUUUCAUAUUCAUCAUCAGGCAUAACAAGACCAACAGCAUCCUCUUCUUUGGCAGAAUGUCUUCCCCUUAAGGGCAGUGGCCCAGCCAUGUGUUUAGAAAUGUUAACAAAGUUCUGCAUCUAAUUAUGGCCUGGAAACAAAAGUCUCUCUUACUUCAUUCUGCUUCCCAUCUCAGAGUCCCUGCUAAGAGUGCAUUGGUUGGGCCAGGAAAGCUCUAUUAUCUCUAUUUUCCUUUAUUUUCUUCUUCUUUUCUAUACAUCCAUACAUUCAAUAUGUAUUCAUCCACACAUACAGAGAAAUUAAUAUAAUUUCUCUGGAGGAAAAUGUUCAACAAAAAGAUGAAGAGAUGUUUUAAUAUAGUUUCUUCUAAUCUAGCAUGUAUCUGUGGCCUGUGUUAAGUGAGCUGGAGAAAAUACCUUUUUUUAAAACUGAUUAAUAUAAACACCUACAUUGCUUAAGGAGAUAUCUGAACACUUCAUCAGCUUAUAAAUGUUGUGAUUUUAC